UGCGUCCUCUCAGCGGUCCGGGGCUCUGGACUCCAGGCAAAUUUCUCUUGGGCUAGGGGCGGGCCGGGCGUGCGCGACAUCUCAGAUUUUUAGGCACAGAAGUGAUCGCGGAGGGGUCAAGCCUUUCACUGACUGGAUGGCAGACCUGUGUUUUUUUUUCUGGCGUCAGAAAGUGUCCGGCAAGAGAGGGAUGAGGAAACGAGCAGGCGAUGGAGACUCGCCAGUUGUCCGGGGCCCCCGGGAUGCGGCUGCUGCUGCUCCUGCUCCUGGUCAUGCCCUGGGACACCCACACCGCCUCGGGUGUCGCUCUGCCCCUCGUGGGAGUCCUCAGCUCCCGCACCUCCCUCCAGGCCCGGGCUGGUCCAGCUACGCGGCUGUCGCGGCGCAGCCUGGCGCUGGCGGACGACGCGGCCUUCCGGGAGCGCGCGCGCCUGCUGGCCGCCCUCGAGCGCCGCCACUGGCUGAACUCGUACAUGCACCGGCUGCUGCUGCUGGACACGCCCUGAGCCGCCAAUAAAGACUGCUCCGCCCGCUA